CACACUCGUCCACUGACUCGUGGCCGUUCGUAGUAUUUCCUUUUAUUUAGGCGAGUUGCAGAUCAGCCAAAUCGUGAAGUGGAUUGGACACAUUGGUAAAGUUUUUAUUUUCUUCGUUUUGCUUACUGUACACAGUUAGUGUGAUAGCACAGCAUGGGUUCUUUAAGGGAUCGAGCAUUUUGACAUUUAAGAAGGCGAAAAAGUCCGAUGCAGCUCUCCGCCGCGUUCCAAGCUGCUGGCUGUCAACUUGUGCUCUAGCUGCAACGGCUUUGACCGAGUCCUUUUCUCCAUUUGCGUUGGAAAAUAACUAUUGCUGGAUAUCGAGAAAACAACAACGCGUGUGCGUUUGCGCUUUUGAACCAUGACCACUGAAGUUGCGAGUGACUUGGACGUGACAGUCAGUUGUUUGGGCGAAGGGAACCAAAACAAGUCGGACACGGAUCGACCUAAGAAACCUGAUCGACCGAGCCACGAGGAGGGGCAGCAGGAUCCUCCUCAGGUCGACUCUAAACAUCAGAAACAGGGGGUCAUGGAAAGCAUAGCGGAUGGGUUAACGUUAAGCACGGACAACACGAACGAUAAGGAGAACGAGCAGAACGCAUCAAGCCCCAAGGCAGAAACUUCCAAGAAGAAUGUGAUCGAGGCUCCUCCGCCAAAAGUGAACCCAUGGACGAAGAGGAACGCAUGCCCUCCUAAUAAUGGCACAAACACCUCGAUACAAACAGAACCCCAGAGUCCUACCAAAGUUGUCCGUGCCAGCAAACCCAGGCCGAGGAAGACCAGUAAGUCAAGUGACUUCAGUGACAUCACAAACUGGCCGACCCCUGGAGAAAUCGCCAAUAAGGAGCAGCAGCAGAAUGUGAUAAACGUGCAGGUGAGGAAAGGGACGUCCGGAUGGAGGGAGAGGAAGAAGGACUGCAGUGAAGAGAAGAGAGAGAAGGAGAGCGGAAGUGAUGGGAGUGACAGUAAGGAGAACAGGGAGGCACAGUCGGAGACAAUCACAGGACUUUCAAACGAACAGGAGACAGAGGAUGGAGAGGAUACGCACAACAGUGCCCCCCGUAGGAGAGGAGGCUGGCGGAGAGAGAGAGAUUUCUUUGAUGACUCAGCGAGCGUUCGCAGCGAGGGCAGCAGUGUCCGCGGAGGCCCCAGGGGCAGGGGCAAAGGUCGCGGCCGAGGCAGAGGUCGUGGACGAGGUCGUUUUGACUACUCCCACAGUUACCGGGACUCAUACCUGGAUGGGUCCACAGCUCAGGCCGAGUUUGGCACUAACAUGGUCUACUACUAUGACGACGGUAAUCGCGUGCAGAUGUAUACGAUCGAGGAGAAUUUACUUAAGGAAUACAUCAAACGCCAAAUUGAAUACUACUUCAGUCUCCCAAACCUGGAGCGUGACUUCUUCCUGCGGAGGAAGAUGGAUUCGAAAGGCUUUUUGCCCAUCUCUCUGAUUGCCAGUUUCCACAGAGUCCAGGCCCUUACCACAGAUAUCAGCCUCAUUAAGGAGGCGCUGAAGAAAAGUGAAGUCGUGGAGCUUGUUGAUGAGCAGAUCCGUAGGAAAGAGGAGCCCGAGCAUUGGCCCAUUCCAGGUCCCUCUCUGGACUCCCCACGCACAGAUUUUUCCCAGCUCAUUAACUGCCCCGAGUUCGUCCCAGGACAGACGUUCACCUCCCUCAGCACAGUGUCGUCCUCCCCAGUCGAGCCUGCUCUGGUAAAUGGCCAAACUAGUGAUGACACAGACACAGCCAAACCUCAGUCCAAAGAAUCCUCUCCUUCAGACUCAAAAAGCAGCUCUAGUAAAGACGUGAAUACGCCUAAAAAGCAGUCCAGCAGUCUCUCUGAUCCAGACGCCCAGCCGUGGAUACAGGUGGAAAAACGACACCGAAACUCCUCCGGAAAAAAUAAGACCUCAGUAACCCCUCUUCCUCCUAGCCCUCCUCCUCUUCCUUCUCCUUCUCCUCCUCCUCCCCUUCUUGACUUGUCCCCAUCUGCAGAGCGCACAGAAUUGGUUCAGUCCAGCCCAAAGCAGCAGCCUGAGGCAGACCAGGAGGAGCUGGACUUCCUAUUUGAUGAAGAAAUGGAACAACUCGCAGCGCCUCGCAAGAACACCUUCACUGAUUGGUCAGAUGAUGAUUCUGAUGAUGAACUUGACGACCAAGACAUAAACAAGAUCCUGAUUGUUACUCAGACCCCCCCUCACCUGCGGAAACAUCCUGGGGGCGAUCGGACGGGGAACCAUGUGCCACGUGCCAAAAUUACAGCUGACCUUGCCAAAGCCAUUAACGAUGGAUUGUUCUACUAUGAACAGGAUCUCUGGACAAAGGAAGAAGGGCAGCAAGAGUGUGCCAAUGCCAAGGAUGUGGAGAAUUUCAAAAAGCUGAACAUGAUCAGCCAAGAUGAGUUUGAAACCCUGACCCCUAAACUUCCCAUUGACCCCACCCAGGAGGUCCCGCCCCCUCCAUCAUGUCAGACAGAUGAUUCUUGCAUGGCUCAAUCUCUCCCCACGGAUGUCCCAGAAUCCCCCAGUGUGCCUCGCACCCCACGUACACCACGGACCCCUGGAAGACAGGACCCCACCAAAACCCCACGCUUCUACCCUGUGAUCAAAGACAGCGGCAACCUUGACGGAAAAACCCCCAGAAAGAGGAAAACCCGUCACAGCUCUAACCCUCCUCUGGAGUGCCAUGUAGGCUGGGUGAUGGACUCACGAGAGCACAGACCCCGUACAUCCUCCAUCAGCAGCUCGAAUGCAUCUCCGUCAGAAGGAGCUCCUGCAUUGUCAGGCAGUUAUGGCUGCACCCCGCAGUCCUUGCCGAAGUUCCUGCAUCCAUCCCAUGAGCUUAUGAGAGAAAACGGCUUCACCCAGCAAGUUUACCACAAAUAUCGCCGGCGAUGCCUCAAUGAGAGGAAGCGAUUAGGUGUGGGUCUGUCUCAGGAGAUGAACACCCUCUUCAGAUUCUGGUCCUUCUUCCUCAGAGACAACUUCAACAGAAAGAUGUACGAGGAGUUCAAGCAGUUUGCCCUAGAGGAUGCCAAAGAGAACUACAGGUACGGACUGGAGUGUCUGUUCCGGUACUACAGUUAUGGACUAGAGCGGAGGUUCAGACAAGACAUCUUUAAGGACUUCCAGGAGGAGACCAUCCAGGACUAUGAAAAAGGUCAACUAUAUGGACUGGAGAAAUUCUGGGCUUUCCUGAAAUAUGCAAAGAUGAAGAAUCAGCCCAUUGACCCCAAACUCCAGGAAUACCUCCGCAAAUUCAAGAGCAUUGAUGAUUUCAGAGUCGAUCCACCAAUGCCAGAGGAAGGAGUAAGGAGGAAAGCACACUCGUCCUCCGCAGGAGACGAGGUGAAACGUAGGCGACACAACUCGACAUCAUCAUCGAAACAGACCACAGUUGCGAAGACGUCUUCAGACAAUCAAUCAACCGCUGGAGGGAUGGCAAAAACAACCACAACACAUCAAGCCGCUGCCCCAACGACAGGGAAAACCACCAAGCAUCCAUCAGCCAAUCAGAAAGCAGCUCCUCAGACCGCCAAAAGCAGCACGGCUAAUGACCCGUCUACAAAAGCCCCACCCAAAGAGAAUGUGAAGAAGAAUACCUCAUCAGAUGCUCGUAAAGGAGAAGCGGCGACGAGCAAAAACAAAGAUGCCCAACAGCCAAAGAAAUGAAGCCCUUGCUACACUAUAUACAGUAUUUGAGUGUGAUUCUAACUUUAGAGCUGUGAAAAGAUUUCAGUGCUGGUGCAGGCUUACGUUUAACACCGUAACCUCAGAAGUGAGCCAGUCAAACCGUUCGAGCAAAGACCAACUGUCAGACCGUUGCGUUUACAAACUGAAGAGUAAACCAGAAAUAUCUUUGUGUUGUACAAGGAGCUUUUUCUGGACAGGUUAACUUCCGUAAGAUCUUUUUUCUUUUUCUUUUUUUUCCCGCAGUUAGUGGUUUUAGAAUCAAGUAUGCAUGGUGAACUUCUUUAGCUUUAAAGUUUACAGUAGAUGCAUUCCUACAUAGAAUGCAGUUUUAUCUCUUUUAAAAUUAGUUUUACAUUUGCAAAUGCCUUACAUUUCAAAAGCGACAAAAAUAUAUAUAUAUUUUAGAGCUCUGUCAGCAUAAUUAAUCUCUUGGUUUUUAAGUGUUUUUAAUUUUGUGCGAGAUGCACUCUACACGUAUUUAGUUCAUUUAUUUUAAAAAUGUUUAAAAAAAACUUGAACUGAGGGUGACACAAGAUAACACACUAUAUAGCUUCUUGCAUUUUUUGCUCUUUUAGCUUGUGUAGGGAAUAUGACAGUGAUUGAAUACUAAGUUCUUUAUGCUUUUGUGAUUAGCUGAGUGUCUGAGCUGAAUACCGGAGAGCUAUGUAGAUUAUCAGUGGCGAGGGAUUGUAAAAAGUGUUCACAACAUCAUCAGGAACUACAGGAUGCUCCUGCUUUUAAACGAAUAUUGUGCCGUUCACAUUGCAGAGGUGGUGAUCUCAAGUUUAGGUGCAGAGUAGAGGAGAACACAUCUUUGACCUUUUGAUCAUUUCGACUUAAUUUGGUAAACAACUGUGUACUUGAAGUUUCUAAGAAAUGUUGUCUUUUUGAGAGGAAUUAUUCUUUCUUUUAAAUUUUUAAUCCUAUUGGAGUUGAGUUUGAGAUAAUUUAUUGUUUUACUCUUUUGAAAGCUUAAUUGAUUUUAAUCUCUUUUUUUUUUUAUCGAGUGUAGAUGACUGCAAACAUGGUGGCCCAGAGAAUAGUUUUAUUUGCAUUAUGUUUUCAUUUUGCAGUUUGGAUCUUUGCGGAUAACAUUAAAUCAGUGUUUUAUUUCUCAUUUAUGAUCAUUAAUCAGACACAGAAUUGAUGUCCCGAUUGUAUCAUAUUUUCUUAUGAAAACUGUACAUAAAAAAAAAUAUUCAAAGCAGUGCUCUAAUUUCAAUCAGUUCAUUUUUAUUGAUUCAUUUUAUUGUGAUAUUUUUGUUUGUGUGCGCUUGUGUGUUGGUAUGCAUGUCGGUUUAAUUUUUUUCUUUCCUCAUAUAUUGUAAAAUGUAAAA